AUGGCUCGCCGUUCAUCGGGGAAGAGAAAGGCUAGCACACCUCCUUCAGCACGUUCCGCAUCCCUUUCUGCUGAUGAGAGCGACACUGUCUCCGAUAACACCAAACCGGUGGCCAAAAGGCUUCGACUGACCUCUCCGGCACGUGUGAAGCAGGCAGCUUUGGCCAAGGUGGCAAGUUCCUCCAAGUCUGGUUCCUCGUCAAAGGGAUUGGCUGGGUUUGCUGCCUUGAUCAACAGUUCAAGCCUCUCUGCUGCCCGCAAGGAGACGAAUCAGGGUCUUCGGUCAGGCUCCUCGAAAUCGUCUCGUGGUCCAUCGAAAGCUGCAGCAGGCAAAGUGGAUGAUACGAUCUUUUCUGUAGGAACGAUUGUUUUCCUUAUUGUUGGUGUUAUGGCGAAUAAGGCAGCAAAACUUGACGAUGCCACAUCUUUUCUUCCAGCCUAUGCUCUGCAAUCUGAUGUCGACAUCUCUUCAGUCGCUCUGACUGGAAUGAAGCAAUCGGGCCUGUGUGUAACGAAGAGUUCUGGCUUCGAUUUUCACCCAGAUGACUCCUAUCCAAUUCUCGACACCAAGCUUCAGGCCCUUUUCCCUAAGCUAUUCACAUGGCUCUGGAAAGCGGAACCUGAUGACGCUACUACUUCUUCCUGGCUAAUCUGCAUGAAACCUCCUCGUAGGAACCUCGCUGUAUAUUCUGAUGACCGAUUGCCCACUGGUAUGGACAUUAUUGACGCUUGUUGGUGUCUCCCACCGGACACUCUUUCUGGCAUGGAUGCUAAUUUUCUACCUAUGCUAGUAACUCGUUAUCCUGUUCCUGCAGCAACACUCCUUGAGUGGAAACCACGAAUUUCAUUGGCCCAGGACCCUGUCGUUAACAAAGACUCAGAUGUCGACGACACUGAUAAUGACACCCCCAGCCCUACACUCAGCGCCAUCCCCUUACCCUGCACCCAACGAUCUUUGCGACCUCGCCAUGUCAGGAGUGAAGAUGAGGUAGAACAGGAUAUAAUCAGCAUCUCAAGCAUGUCCGAUGGUGAAUCGUCAGCCCCAGCACCUAAGAUCCCUAUUCCUGUCACCAAGGCCCCCACCAUUUCAUCCAUCGAGGUGAUGCAGGAUUUCUUUCACUCGUCCUUCAAUUUUGACAAUGAGGAGAAUCCUUGGGUCCCUAGAGCGUAG